AUGCGCGGGUGCGUAUGGCGAAACGCCGUCGUCGUCGUCGUCGUCGUCGGCGAAGGGUACGCGCGGGCGGGCGGAUACCCGGAGAAACGGCGGCCGCUGGAAACUGAACAAAAUCUCCGCCGCUCCUGCUGUUUGCGCGCCAGAAUCCACGGCGAUACUCCCACGCCCGCCUCACGACCACCGUUAUUAUGUCGACGCGCGUACGUCAACGUCAACCGCGACCGCGGCCCGGCGUCCGUCUCCAGCGCGCCCGCCCGCCCGCUCCCGGAGAUGAUAUCGCGCCGGCACGGGACCGUACUGACCUCAGCCGCGCGCGGAAACGCGUACCGUGAUGUUCUCCCGUGCGCGCGGGUACCGGCCGCGACCCGAGACCGCGGCGGCGGCGGCGACGACGACGACCAAAACCGGUCGACCGGAUCGGUAUUGGACGGGCCGUCGUCGUCCCGCGCGCAUUCGCGUGUAUCGGCCGGGUCGCCAACAUGGAAUACGCGAUCGUCUCUCCCAGGCUUUCACCGCCGCCCGUUUCGCUACCGCGGAAUAAUAUUAUCAUAA